AUGGAGCGGAUGGUAUCCCGUGUUCGUCGAUUAUCCCCAUUACACACAUUCUCUGAUGCCCUUCUCAUUUCCCUCCUAUCAGAAUCAGAUUUCCAACCGGAUAAUAUUCAACAAGGUGUUGUAUUAUUCGAAAAAGACGAACCAACGGAAUAUUGGUAUCUGCUAUUGAGUGGAGAAGUACAGUUGUAUAGUAAGAAUUAUGUUGGAGACUUCAAACACUUGAAAACGUUACGAUGUGGAUCACUUUUUGGGGAUCUCUCCACAACGACUCACUCGUGUUCUUGCUUAGUUUCAAGGCCUGCCCAGCUGAUUCGAAUAUCUCAAAAUCACUUUUUAUCAGUAUACAAUAAACAUGGUGACCAUCUUCAACAAUUUAUCAUUAUUAUGCAUGAUAUUCUCACUGAUGAAACUCCAAUGGACCCGAUUCCAACGUAUAGUUCUGGGUUAUUUAAUGGACAAAGAAGCAAUGAUUUGAUGACUUCUGAAAUCAAUCCAAAUGAAAUUGUUUCUGUUUCAACUGAAGGAAUUCCGACCAAAAUGAUACUUCCAUCUAUUCCUUACCGACGAGACAAAGUGAAGAAUAAUAGACCAGUGACGCAGAAAACUGUCGAAGAGAGGAAUUUCAUUGAAUUCCACAACCCAACACGAAUAGAAAAAGAAAUUAUUGAAUCUGGAGGAACUUUACACAGAAAAAUGUUGACGGAUAAUCAUCUAGUGAUAAGAGAUAUCACAACACAACAUACGAGAGUUCAAAACUGUAUGAUUGGCGCUGAAAUGAUUGAUUGGCUUUUGACACUUUUUGUAUCCACGUCAACAACAUCUUCAAGUCUCUCGAGAAUUCAGAUGAGUGCGAUUUGGCAGGUUCUUCUGAACUAUGGAAUCAUUGCUCAUAUCGAUGGAGAGCAUCAAUUCAUGGACAAGACAAAUUCAUACUAUCGAUGGGUUCAGCCAUAUAGAAAUAGAAACAAGGUCGCACCAACAAUGGAAGAAGUUCUAAAAAGUAUCUCGCUCCUCUCGUCAGUCGCGCCCGAAACUCUUUUUCUUAUGAUUGUAUCCAAACCAGGUUUUGAGAGAAGUCCAGAGGAACUAGAAGUUGUUUACGAAGAACUAACAUUCAUCAAAGCACUUUCCCAUCUGAGUACAAUGGUCAAAAGACAAUUGGCUAAUUUUGUAAAAGUCGAGCAGUUUGUUCAUGCGGGAAGUGUUGUUUUUCGACAAGGAGAAAUCGGAGUUUAUUGGUAUAUUGUUUUGAAAGGAGCCGUCGAAGUGAAUGUAAAUGGAAAAGUUGUAUGCGUUCUACGUGAAGGAGAUGACUUUGGAAAGUUGGCAUUGGUUAAUGAUCUGCCGAGAGCUGCAACAAUUGUCACUUAUGAGGACGACUCUAUUUUUUUGGUGGUUGAUAAACAUAAUUUCAAUCAAAUACUCCACCAAGUAGAAGCAAAUACAGUUCGUUUGAAAGACUACGGAGAAGACGUGCUGGUUCUGGAGAAAGUCGAUAUUCCACGUGGAGCAGCUCUGGAAAAUUCGAGUUUUUCUAGUUUGAAUUGUGGAUAUUCAGUCAUGGCUGGAAAGGCAGAGAAGAUUUUGGAAUAUGUUUUGGAGACGAGGAUUGAUGCUCUUAGUGAUGAUAUAUCUGAACUGGAUCUGUUCGUGGAAGACUUCAUACUCACGCAUGACGCUUUUAUGCCAGAUAACACUGUCUGCAAUUUUCUGAAAACUUAUUACUUUAGAACUCCAUACAGAGCAACACGAGAUUCCAUAUCAGAUUCAUGCACGGAAGAAGUUCGAUGCAAACGAAGAGUUGUUCAGUUCGUCUACAUCUGGUGCAGAAUGUUAAAAAUCAACUUUUUUCUGAAUCCAGUCACCAAUUCUUUUGUUGAAGAGCUAUUUUGCCACGUUAUUGACGAUAGGAAACGAUUGGGCGGAAUGGAAGAAAUAAUGACAAGAAUUGGAGCAAUUAGAACAUCAAGGGAGAAUAUGCAGUUAGUUUUAGCCCGUCACCCUGCUAUUGUUCUCGAUUGUGGAGUUCUUUCUGCUCAUACUCCUUGUCCAAUCCUACCAUCGGAUGUCUGUAAUCAGAUUAUUUAUUUGGCUGAUACAACAUGUUUCGUUCUGCCGAUAAGAGUUGAUAAAACAGCCGAAGAGAUAUGUGAAUUAUCAAGGAGAAGAAUGAGUUUCUCAGCAGAACCAUUGAAUUUAGUGGAGGUGAAAUCAAACGGAGAGAAACUUAUAUUCUCUCCAAACGAUAGAGCUAUACCAACUGUUUUGAGUCUCAAUUCAAAACUCUAUGUGGUAAAUCGAGAGGAGAUUCCAUUAUUAGUUCCAAUGGAAGACCAGAAUGGACCAACUCCUUCUUCACAUUCUUCUAUCCUCCACUUAAUUGACUCUCAAGAAUUGGCUCAUCAACUGUUUCUUUUUCAUCUUCAAUUACUCCGAGCAACUGAUUCAAACGAAUUAUUAUAUCAAGUAAUUGGAAGAGAAUCGUUUCCUCUCAGUAUGCCGUUCAAUUUGGAUCUUUUGGUUAGAAGAUUCAAUGAAGUUCAACAUUGGUCAACUACAGAAAUUCUACUGGCUUCAGAAGAGAAUAGAGUGGAAAUUCUCAAAAAGUUUAUAGCAAUCGCAACAAUAGCUCGAGAAUACAGAGAUCUUCUCACAGUAUUUGCCAUAACACUUGGCCUCAGUCACACUUCAGUCAGCCGUCUCACUCUUACAUGGAGUAAACUUCCUCCAAUCACAUUGAAAACCUUCUCCGAACUUGAACACUUAUUGGAUCCAACCAGAAAUCAUCGAAUGUAUCGACUAAUGGUCUCUAAGAUGGCUUCCCCUUACAUACCAUUUGUCCCACUGAUUCUGAAAGAUUUGAUGUUUAUUCAUCAAGGAAACAAGUCGUUUUAUAAUGGACUUGUGAAUUUCGAGAAGAUGCACAUGUUUGCAAAAAUCUUUCGGAACUUCCGUCAGUGUAAAUCUCAAAUGAACGACUCAUCAGAUCAUGAAUAUGUGGAACCACAAAGUUUAAUUAGGAAUUUAAGAGUAAUCGACAAUCAAAAGAAGCUAAUGCAAAUUUCAUAUGAAAUCGAACCGAAAACUACUAGAAGAAAUAUAGGUUUUUAUUAA